UCCGGAAGCAACAAACUUCUGUCAAACAUGUCAUAUCGUUCUUUUUGUUUUUGAGGUUAUGUUCUGUUAACAUGUGAUACGCGCUGUUUUUUUAACAAAUCGUUAGAAUGGCAGAUUUAACACUAUCGUUGCAAGAGAAUUUUUUGAUAAUAGACCACCUGUUCGCCAACAUAACCAGCAGCAAUGAUCCCGAGUGCAUUGCCGAUUCAUGGAUUUCGAAUGAGAUCAUCAAAAACAGGGACUACUGGAAGAUGUUUAUGGAGGCCACAUUUGAUGGAGAACAGUUACUAGUCAAAUUUAAUUCACUGGCCGAGGAGGAAAAGCAGAACCACUUUAAGUUUGGCAUUGCCUGUUUUAUUAUGUUUGUGCAAAGCAAUUUUACAGGCCCUGAUUUGGACAAAGAUCUAACUGACUUUCUAGAUGAAGACAUGUUUAAACGAAUUGAUUUCGCGAGACUUUUAUCAGUGAACAAUGAAGAAGUUAGUGUAAAUACAAGACACCCAGUGUUGUUUGUUGUUGCUAAAUGUAUAUUUGCUUGUUGUAUUGUUAAUAAUGUUGUCAAUUAUUGGUGGUUGAUUCGUUCUUUGAUUAUACACCAACACAUAUUAGAUGAUUUAAGUCCAACUCUUCUAGCUACUGCUGAUAAUUUGUACAAAAUAAUAGGCAAAAUGGUCCUACCUGAAAACAUAAGAGCAGCUAUUGACAUUGAACUAAGUCAACUUUAUCUCAUCUGCAGACACAUUUCAAAAGCCAAGGAGUACAUAUUGUCAGCCAGUAGAAUAUUAGGAAUAAAUUACAAUCUAGUGGGGAGAUUGGGGAGAAGAACAAGGUAUCAGGAACAUGAAAUUGCUCAGCUUUCACUUGAAGUUCAAGUUAAUGAGAACAAACAGGCUGAGAAGUCACAACAACUUGAACCCAGUGACACAGAGGUACCCACGGAUGUACCUCUUGAUGACGACGUCCGCCUGAACACAAUCGAAUUUACAGAGAAUAUCGGUUCGAAAAUAGCUUUGAGCAAUAUCGAACAAAAAUUGUUUUUAACCAUUGUUUACGACAUGUUUAUUUCGAAGCCUCCUGACGAACUGCAGGCUGAAGAAAUUCAGCCAUUCGUCGAUAUGAUCUUGAGCCAAAAGAACACCUACACCGUUCGGGCAGUAGCGCUUCUAUACCGUUGCAAACUAGAGGCCAAAAACAGACGUACCAUUGAAAGGUGUCUGCUACAAACUGAGGAGGUGAUUAACAGUUUCAAAAAAGAAAGCCCCCCCUAUUUGUACAGGGUUCCAGAUGUGUUUGGAGCCGGCCUCAUACCCAUAUGGAAAGUGGAGAGUCAAUAUGCUGAUUUGCUAUUAAACAUUGGUUUGGUUAAAAACAGUUUGGACAUAUACUUGAAACUGAAACUGUGGGAGGAAGUUAUAGUUUGUUACACAAUUCUGCAAUUGAAGCACAAAGCGGCGGAAAUAAUUAAAGAGCAACUAGAUGCAAAUCCCACAGUCAAACUCUGGUGUUUAUUAGGUGACGCUACGGACGAUCCAAACUGUUACGAAACGGCGUGGGAGAUGUCGAAGAAAAGGAGUUACAGGGCGCAAAGGCACUGGGGUCAGUAUUUGUUUGAAAGGAAGAAAUAUGAAGAGUGCAUUCCACAUUUCGAAAAGUCGGUCAGUAUAAACCCCUUGCAACCAAACAUUUGGUUUAGAUUGGGUUUUGCUGCUUUGCAAACGGAAAACUGGCAAACUUCUGCGACCGCCUUUAGGAGGUACACCACACUCGAACCGGAAGGUUUUGAGGCGUGGAACAAUCUGGCGCAAGCUUACAUCAAGCUAGGGAACAAGAGGAGUGCCCAUCAGGCGAUAUUGGAGGCUUUAAAAUGUAAUUUUGAGAACUGGAAAGUGUGGGAGAACCUAUUAGUUGUAAGUUGUGACAUUUCGAACUUUACAGACGUGAUACGGGCUUAUCACAAACUUUUAGACCUGAAGGGAAAGUAUUUGAACGUGGAAGUUUUAAGUGUGCUGGUUUUCGGAGUUCUUAACGAAAUGUUGGACGUUGAGGGGAAAUCUUCCACGCAAUAUCUUAAAAAAACGCGAGAAUUGUUGGGAAGAAUUACAUCAGUACAUACUGGUGAAGGAUAUGUUUGGGAACUGUAUGCUUUUUUGGCACCCACUCUCAUACUGAGGGUACAAAGAUUGCAAAAAGCUUACAGAUCCUAUACCCAAACAGGAUGGGACAAAAAUGUCACAUUGUGUCAAAAGGUAUUGCAAGUAUGUGUAAAACUGUCUGAAGCUGUUUUGGAAGAUGAGAUGAGUCCCAAGGAGCCUACACUUAAUUCAGUUAGGCUAAACAUCAGUUCUGCCAUCGCCGCCGUUAAAAAGCAGGACUGGGAUGAUACCAAAGAUUUAGUGAAGGAAGUUACUGAACACUUGGAAAAGAUUAUCACAAAAAUUAAGAGUGCUUUAUAAUUUUUAAAAAAAAAAUUGUAAUUGAUCCUAUUCUGACAUAUAUUUAUUGUAAAAAUUUAUAACUGGUGCUGAUUAUGAUAGGCAAAUCAAUAAAUAUUACACUUUUAGUUUUUACUAAA